ACUGAUCACGCAUAAAAAUAUCGUACACGUUGUCAAUAGCGGAUCGGAGUAGGCAGCUGGGCUAGUUCCGAUGUUCCGAUUGACUGUCAAAAAAGACAAUUUUGGUACUUUGGAUCUUGAUUUAGUGUAAACAAUAAUGGAGGACGCCUGGGGAAUAUUAGCGCUUUCUUUUGCUAUGUUAAUUGGAUGCUACAUCGCUGGAACAAUACCUCUUACGGUACCGCUUUCUGAGAGCAAGAUGAGAUUUGUAACAGUCCUGGGGGCAGGUCUUCUUGUUGGCACAGCACUGGCUGUCAUCAUUCCAGAGGGAGUACACACAUUAUUUGCGGGAACGACACAAGAAUCACACGUUCACGUUGUGAACCCGCCAGCUGUAGGGGCAGAAAACCAGGCGGGAGGGCAGCCGGCCGAUGGCAACCCCCACGAAGCAAAUGGAGAAGCCCACGCUCACACUCACAGUACACACAACGAAGCAGAGCUCCACUAUGUUAUAGGGGUGUCAUUAGUUCUGGGAUUUGUUUUCAUGCUACUGGUGGAUCAGAUCGGUGGCGCACAUGGUCAUUCCCAUGCACAAAUAACAACAGGUGAAGGUGAAAAUGCCUCCAGAACAACUCGAAUUGGUUUCACAGCUACAUUAGGACUAGUUGUACAUGCAGCAGCUGAUGGUGUUGCCAUGGGAGCAGCAGCCAUGGGCCGAACAGAUGUCCAGAUGAUUGUGUUCAUUGCAAUCAUGUUGCAUAAGGCACCGGCGGCAUUUGGCCUGGUGACGUUUCUACUGCACGAGAACUACCAACGCAAUAGGAUACGCAGACAUCUUGUGGUCUUCUCUAUGGCAGCACCCGUGGCCGCCCUUGUAACAUAUUUUGGUUUGAGUCACGCUAGCAAAGAAGCGCUAUCCACGUUCAACGCCACAGGCAUUUCCAUGCUCUUCUCUGCCGGCACGUUCCUGUACGUCGCGACGGUCCACGUUCUUCCAGAGAUUGCCGGGUUGCGGCGCGUAUCGUCGGACGUAGAGGGCAGCACAGAAAUGACGUCAGGUUUCAGUCGGUUAGAGCUCCUUGCAGUAGUCAGUGGGUGCCUAGCUCCAUUGGUAUUGUCGUUAGGUCAUCAUCACUAAAUACUUUGCAUUAUUUUUAAAAAAAAAAAUCCAAAGUUGUGGUUGAACCCCCAAAGAAUUGCCUGAAGUGGACUAACCUGUAACCUUCAAAAUGUGGUACUGGCACAAGUGCAUUAUUUUGGAGGUCUCAGGUCCGAAUCCUGCUUCACUCUAUUUUUUAGGGGUGCAUCUACAAUUUGAUUAGAGAUUGUACAUCUCCGUUGUUCUUUGUGGUUUAAGUUAACUAAGGGAAUAAGUGUGUGUUUGGGAGGUGAUCCUGAAUUCUGAUAAUUACCCGAGCCGAAAGUGAGGGUAAUUAUCAGCAUAGUGUUUAAUACCGACCAAUCACAUAUUUAUUCCCAUUCAUAAAUACAUUUUCGGUCAAAAAAAAUCAAAACUCUUCCACAAUGUCGAUCAACAAAACACCUCUCAAGCUAUACAACGGUAAGGCCCUCUGGUAAACAACUCCUUAUAUGGAGAUUGCCGCACACGUCACGCAUUCCGGUGUACCGGAGUACCGGUGUAGAGGGAAUUUAGCAUUAUGAAAUACUGACUCACUGGUAGUAUUGCGCAUGCCUUCAUGAGGAUUGUGAACGUUCAACCAAUAAAAUGGUGCUGGCAGCAGAUUUCAUAGGAGUCAAAAUUUCACGUGACACUGCAAAAGUGUUUAAGACCAGCCAGCCAUGUCUUUUUCAACCAUUUAAAACCGGCCACGUGACUGGCUCUCGACCAAUAGGAAUGGGUAAACCGUCUUAGGUAUUUAUGAAUAAACAAUUAAAGACCAACUCUGCAGUGCUGGGUUUGGCUCAAUUCUUAGCGCUAUUUAGGGUGUACAUUGUAAAUGUUGUUUAACCUUUUAACUUUUUUGAAGACCACAUCAAAAUUUUGCAUCAUAAAUGCUAGGGUUAUAUCCUCGCAUUUAAAUGUAACGUUUGUAGCAGUACUUCAAAUACAAACUGAAAGUGUAUGCAAUCCUUAAUUAAAGUGCAUUACGUGAACGACAGGGAAAAUUAAUGGAUUAAGGGCUUAUGAACUGCCCUAUCCUUCCCUGCUUUUCAUUGGGACAUGCUCAGUUCACCCGAAGAGUUCAUUAGAGCUCGAAAAUGUGCAGUGUUUGGCUACCUGUAUCGUUACUGCACUGUCAGAUGUCAAAUUCUGGCACUGUUUUCCUUGAUGUGCGAAGCUCAGCAAUUUUUUUUUUUUUUAAUUUUAAAAUUAGGACAUCUAAAAGUUUUGACAGAAAUUACCAAGUUGCAAAACACACUUGAUGAAGCUGACAGCAGGAAAACAGUGGAUUGUUAUCAAAUAAUGAAUGCUUAUGAGUGCAAUGGUAAGAAUAAUUCCAUCAGGUGACAUAUGAAUAUUGCUGAGUGGAAUGGAACAUUCCACCUGUCACUGAGUGGAAUGAUUCUUUCCAUUGCACGAAAGUGAAACAUUCAUUAUUUAUUUUAUACAACGCCUGAAUAAAUCCUCCUCAUCUGAUCGGUAAUUUUGUAAACUGGUACUAUGAAUGUAUCAGAGUUAUCAGAGCUGUGUCAUAGUGCAACCAAUAGUGUGACUGUGAAUUGGAAGUUAUAUUUGCCGAGGAAUAGAACUUAUAUUUUUGAGUAGUGGCCGCACCGUGCAUUGAAACGAAUAAUUCAAUGACACUUGAUCAAGGACCCACCAAUCAGACGACUGGGAUUUAUGCAGGCGUUGUAUAAAUCUUGAAUAUACUAUGAAUUAAGUCCAGUCUUGGGAACGUUGGACCAGGACAAUCCAGAGCAUACCACACGUGAGCUAUUUUCAAGCUAAUGUGCGCCUGCGUGCUGAAUGCACAGACUUUCUCUGUUCCUAGUUCCCAAAACUGGACUUGAUUCAUCUUGUUGAUAGUGGCCUCUGUUGCUGCAGCAAUGACUGGCUGCAUCCUAAAAAUAAAUCCAGUCUUGAACUAAGACUAGGUUUUACUUGACUCUGACCCCUGACCCCUGACCCCAACUGAAGGUCUGAGGAAAACAAACAAGUUGGAAGGUCAGCUUGCUUGUUAGACAAAUUCACGCAAUUGCAGGAGGAUUUUGUUUACCUUGCUUGGAGAAACACUUUCAGCAGUUGACUGUUGUACGUUUGUCUUCCCUCGAACCUGUUUUCCAUUAAGUUUGACUUACGUUAAAUUUUGGCUAAGCAAAAAUGGGUUACCAGCCAAACCCAACUCAGAAGCGUGACAUUUGUAACUGGUGCCCGGUGAUUUUGCUAAGCAACUGUCUCUGCUUAGCUGCUUAAUGACACCGGGCUCAUAAAGACUGAUCUUUUUGUUUCACGUUGGACAUUGUGUUGGGUUAAUGUCUGUAGGAAAUUAAUUCUCAAAAUAUAAUACCUGGCUUUUUAAAAAGUGCAUUGUAUUUAUUUUUCUAUUGUGUAUUUGUAAAUAAAUAGUUCAGCUGUCAGGUCACAUUUA